GAAGAGCGACGAGCGUUUUUACUUUCGUUCUGAGAUUCCGCAUUGAUCGUUGUUUCGGGAUGGAGACGGCGCUGAACGGAGGCUCCGUGGAGCCCAUCACGGUGCAUGAUUUCUCGGAGAAGAUCCUGGAGCAGCUCGUUCAUUUCCAUGUGAUGAAGCUGAGCGGCGGGUUCUUCCUCUGGAUCGGGUCUGAGCCGGUUCUGUCCAGUCUGGCUCUGGCCGUCAGCAGCAAACACGAUUCAAUGCCUCUGUCCACUCUGGUUCUGGGCGACCCGUCAGACACGACUCCAAGCUCUCUUGCACAGAGACUCACAAAGAAGACACAGAAACAGGUAUUUGUAAGUUACAAUUUACCCGUGACGAGCUCAAAUCUCGCGCUGCUGGUGGAGGACAGAAUCAAAAAGGAGAUGGAGCUUCAUCCUGACAAGUUUUAAACGUCUGCUGUACCUUUCUUUUUUUUGUACAUAGCUCAAUAAAUCUAAAGCAAAAAUUA